GAGCUGAUAAAACAUACAUUUAAUAUUAUUUGUGCAACUUUUCAUUCAUUUUUCGGUGGUAGAAAUCUCAUUUGGCUUGAAAACCUCCAGGCGGUCCGCUCUUCCAUCCGUGUGAAUGUCACUUGUCUGCGGCAAUUGCACGAUUCCACAAAUUUGGAAACUGUCCGACCCGUAACCCCCAAUGACAACGAUGCCUCGCAGCCCCAGUUUAAGAAGGCAAUCUCUGGGUGGGCGUAAGUGACAAGCGGCAAUCGAAGCACUCGGUUCAGCAGCAAUCAAAUCAAAAUCCAAAUCCUGACCAGCAAGUCGACAGGAUGAAGCUGCUGGGCAAAUACGUGGACAAGGGCAUGCAGGGCAAUGUGACCCUGAUGCCAGAGGAGUCAGAGGACAUGUGGCAUGCUUAUAAUCUGAUCUCUGAGGGCGACAGCGUGCGCAGCACCACCAUUCGCAAGGUGCAGAACGAGACGGCUACCGGCUCCUCCACCAGCAAUCGGGUGCGAACCACUCUGACCAUCGCCGUGGAGAGCAUCGACUUCGACACCCAGGCAUGUGUGCUCCGGCUGAAGGGCCGCAACAUAGAGGAGAACCAGUACGUCAAGAUGGGGGCUUACCACACGCUGGACCUCGAGCUCAACCGUAAGUUUGAGCUGCGCAAGCCAGAAUGGGACACCAUCGCCCUGGAGCGUAUCGAAAUGGCAUGCGAUCCCACCCACUCUGCGGACGUGGCGGCUGUGGUGAUGCAGGAGGGACUGGCCCAUGUCUGCCUGAUCACGGCGAGCAUGACCCUAGUGCGCAGCAAGAUCGAGGUAUCCAUUCCUCGAAAGCGCAAGGGCAGUGUCCAGCAGCACGAAAAGGGUCUGGCGAAGUUCUACGAACAGGUGAUGCAGAGUAUCCUGCGGCAUGUCAACUUCGAUGUGGUGAAGUGCGUGCUGAUAGCUUCUCCGGGAUUCGUGAGGGACCAGUUCUACGACUACAUGUUCCAGCAGGCUGUCAAGAUGGACUACAAGCUGCUUCUGGACAACAAGAGCAAGUUCAUGCUGGUGCACGCCUCCUCAGGAUUCAAGCACUCGCUGAAGGAGGUCCUGCAAGAUCCGGCUGUGGUGUCCAAGAUGUCCGACACGAAGGCCGCCGGCGAGGUCAAGGCCCUGGAAGUCUUCUACAUGAUGCUCCAGUGUGAGCCCGCCAAAGCCUUCUACGGCAAGAAGCACGUCCUCCGCGCCUCCGAGUCGCAAGCCAUCGAAACGCUGCUCAUAUCGGACAACCUCUUUAGAUGCCAGGACGUCAACCUCAGGAAGGAGUACGUGAAUCUGGUCGAAUCGGUUCGAGAUGCUGGCGGCGAGGUGAAGAUCUUCUCGAGCAUGCACAUCUCCGGAGAACAACUUGCUCAACUGACUGGCAUUGCGGCCAUCCUGCGCUUCCCGAUGCCCGAGCUGGAGGACAGCGACGACGACGAGGACGAGGAUGGCGCGGCGGGCGGAGGCGAUAGCGAUAGCGACUAGAUUGAAAUUAUAGGAUGUAAUACGGAUGAAAUCUUGGCAUUUGUUAACGGAAAUGAUUGACUUAGGACCCAUAUACAAGUAGACUAAUAGGAACCACGACAGACUUGGACAGCGUCAGGGCAUAUACAUUUUACGUAGAACUAAUUCGAUACGAUAUACACAAGCAUUAUUUAAGUUAGUCUGUGGCUGGGUCUAGCUGCUUUUAGUCACAGUCCCACCAAGUUCUGGGCCGCACAGCCAGCCACUGAAAAUAUUACGAUCGUGUUCAACCGAGUGGCCACAAUUUUGAUAGCCUUAAAAUGAUAAUUGAUUUACACCCGAAGCUACUUUUCGAUCGCUGUUGACAGCAGAGCUAGAAGUAGUAGCUUAUUUUAUACAAAUUUAAUCCUUCUUAGUCCUCUUAUUAUUCAAAAGCUUUUCUUUUUCGGUUGAGUGCAAAAUAAAAACUAUACACACGCAACUAAUUAGUGUUCUCUCUAAUAUUUUAAACCAGAAAGAGUAAAGAACCUCAUAGUCUUAACACUUUUUGUUAAAUGCAAUCCCUAGCCACGUUACAAAUGAUUUGAAAAUAUCUAAAUGUCUUAAUUAUGUAAAAUAUAUAAUAAAUUUCCAAAAGUGCUGAACAAUA